GAUCCGGCAACUCAGAAAAAUGGCGGCAGAUAAUCAGAACCACCACCACCCGUCCCACGGCGACAAUAACUACACCGACCUCUCCCAAGUCCUGGCGCCGGGGUCGUCCAACCCGGCGACCCCACGCCUGCCGCCGAUCUCCGCGCCGCCGUCGCAGUUCCACUCCCCGUCCCUCUCCCGGUCGCCGCUCCUCGUGCUGAGCCCGGACCGCGUCGUGACGGCUCCCGUCAGCGCGACCCGGACCCCGAGGGGCGGCGCCAGGACGCCGGGGAGGCUCCGGACGCCGCGUUUCAUCACGCCGUUGGGUUCCCCGCUGAGGAAGGCCCUCCACAUGACGAGGCUGGACCCCAACGACGCGUGGCUGCCCAUCACGGAGUCGAGGAACGGGAACGCCGCGUACGCGGCGUUUCACACGCUCUGCUCCGGCAUCGGGAUUCAGGCGCUCGUCCUCCCCGUCGCCUUCACCGCCCUUGGCUGGGCAUGGGGGAUCAUAUGCUUGACGCUAGCAUUCACAUGGCAGCUCUACACCCUCUACAUCCUCGUCCAGCUCCACGAAUCCGUCGACACCGGCGUCCGCUACAGCCGCUACCUCCAGCUGGCCACCGCAGCUCUCGGCGAGCGGUUCACAAAAUUGUUGGCGACGUUCCCAAUACUCUACCUGUCGGCCGGAACGUCCAUGGCCUCGAUCGUCAUCGGCGGGUCCACGCUGAAGCUGCUGUUCCAGACCAUCUGCGGCGGCGCGUGCUCGUCGGCACACGACCCGACCACCGUGGAGUGGUACUUGAUUUUUACCUUCGCGGCGGUGCUCCUGGCCCAGCUCCCCAACCUCAACUCCAUCGCCGGCGUCUCCCUCGUCGGGGCCGUCACGGCGGUCGGGUACUGUACCAACAUAUGGGCCGUGUCGGUCGCCGAGGGGCGGAUGCCCGGCGUUUCGUACGACCCGGUUCGUGCCGGGUCGGAUCUUGAGAGGCUAUUGAGCGUGUUGAAUGCCGUGGGAAUCGUCGCUUUUGCUUUCCGGGGUCAUAAUCUCGUGCUCGAAAUCCAGGCCACGAUGCCUUCAAGUGAAAAGCAUCCAUCAACGGUGCCAAUGUGGAAAGGAGUCAAAUUUGCGUAUGCCCUAAUCGCUAUGUGCAUUUUCCCCCUCGCAAUUGGAGGAUAUUGGGCCUAUGGUCAACUGAUCCCACAGGGCGGGAUGCUGCCCGCAUUGUUCGCUUACCACGGGCAGGACACGUCACGCUUCAUCCUGGGGCUGACCAGCUUCUUCGUGGUGGUCAACGCGGUGAGCUCGUUCCAGCUCUACGCGAUGCCGACGUUCGACCAGAUGGAGUCGAUGGUGGUGACGAGGCUCAAGGGUCCGUGCCCGUGGUGGAUCAGGGCGUCGUUGCGGGUCGGGUUCGGGUUCGCGUGCUUCUUCGUGGCGGUGGCCAUGCCGUUCCUCGGGAGCAUGGCGGGCCUCAUCGGAGGGAUCGCCCUGCCCGUGACGCUGGCCUACCCGUGCUUCAUGUGGCUCAACGUGAAGAAGCCCACCAAGUAUAGCAAGAUGUGGAUCCUGAAUUGGGUUCUUGGGGUGUUUGGGCUGGCGCUUAGUGGGGCCUUGAUUGCGGCCGGGGUUUAUGUUGUGAUUGAUACUGGGGUGAAGGCUAGCUUCUUUAAGCCCAUUUAGUUUGAGAAGAAUUUGGGAUGGGCCAUUUGAUGGCCCAAUUGUGUGGAUGGUAGCUUUUGUUUUUGUUUUGGUACCCAAUCCUUGUUGAAACUUAUUAAAGAGUGUGUAAUUGUGAGCUUAGAUUACUAUUCAUUUUGUAUUUUGUGAAAAUAAAGUGUAG